GAGGCCUUGAAGCCUCGCGAGGUUUGAGCGAGCGUUAGCUCUAUAAGCUCGUGAGAAACACCGCGGAAGACCCUUUCCCCCAAGAUGGCGCCGAAGGCGAAGAAGGAAGCCGUUGUCCCCCCCAAGACAGAGGCCAAGUCCAAGGCCUUGAAGGCCAAGAAGGCGGUGUUGAAGGGUGUCCACAGCCACAAAAAGAAGAAGAUCCGAACAUCCCCCACCUUUCGGCGACCCAAGACACUAAGACUUCGAAGGCAGCCCAAAUACCCUCGGAAAAGUGCCCCUCGGAGAAACAAGCUGGAUCACUAUGCCAUCAUUAAGUUCCCCUUGACCACUGAGUCUGCUAUGAAGAAGAUUGAGGACAACAACACCCUAGUCUUCAUUGUGGACGUCAAAGCCAACAAGCAUCAGAUAAAGCAGGCGGUAAAGAAGCUGUAUGACAUCGAUGUGGCCAAGGUCAACACACUGAUCCGGCCUGAUGGAGAGAAGAAGGCCUAUGUCCGACUUGCUCCAGACUACGAUGCUUUAGAUGUUGCCAACAAAGUGAGUAUUGAAGGUGACUGCCUUCUCAGAGCUGAUUCCCUCCCUGGGUGCAGGUGAUGAGUCAGAGUGACCAAAGCCUGAGCUUCAGCGAUGACUCUGGAUUGGCUGAUGCACCCCAUCCCAAACAGUGCCAGUGACCACCUAGGCCACAGUGGUGGGUUGUCCUUGGGUG